AUAUUCAACUAAUUUCUAAAAGAGCAAAGUAGCCUAUAUAUGCAAGACUAAACCACAGAGAACCCCUAACAGUGUCUGUUACCAAAAGUCAGACUCAUGUGCUGCUUGGGUCACGUACAACACCUCCGGUUGUGAUUAACACUGCUCAUAGGUUCAGUUUUUUUUCCAGUAAAAAAUGACAGUAUGAACAUGGUUGCCAAGGUGAUCAGUGAACACCCUCUGUUCUGUUAAAAACAUUUCAGUUUACAUCACAACAUAGUAAACACAAAUCUGUACUUAUAAACUGUUUUGUAGUGCUCAGGACUAUAUUUUUAACUUCAAAUAAGGUGUUCUCAUAUGUUAUACUGUAAAGGUAUAGAUGAAAAACACAUGUAGUUUCAACAGUUUGGAUGAUAGUCCAUGUCACUUCUGUUAAAUUUAUUGCCCAAAGGACUUUGACCAAACCCUUCCUCUUUUUAUGAUCGCUUGUGACAUGGUUAAAGUAAUCCAAUCCGUUAUCAUGCAUAAGUAAGCAAAGGUCGAAGAUAGGGCCAGUGGGAACAGCACAAAACAGACAGCUAUUUUUGUGGCAAUCAUUUACUCUGAACACUGCGCUAAAAUGGAACCUGGGUGAUAUUCUGGGAUAGGAGACAUGGAGACGCGAUGUGACGGGAACAGAGGGGUGAUCCCGUUCCUGAGCUCACCACACCUCACUGGGACCCCAAAGUUUAAAAAUUUCAUCAUUCCCAGGAAGAAAAGAGCCUCUGGAAUAGCUGUGCUUGAGCCUUGUGCAAAAGAGAGCAGGGAUUAUGCUCUCAUUGAAACAACCCUACGUGACUUAAUGUUAGACCUGGUAAAGGGGACUUGCAAGUGGGGAGAUGCCAAGCUUGUGCACAAUGACGAACUACUGAGAGAAUUUGCAGAAAAAAGAUCAGAGAUGCGUUCAAAAGGUAGACAUCUUCGAGAGACUGAGGAGAGAUUCUGCUUUCUGGUUGCAUCUGAUCAAGAAACAACAGAAAUUUACCAGCAAGGCCUGAAGGUUGAGAAAACAAACCAACACUCUCUGGGAAAGCCAUCACAUGGAGUGUAUUUGUUCAGGCAUGUGGAUGUUGCCUUGAAAAAUCCAGAUAUCCAGCUGGCAGCAGGCAAAAACAUGAUCAUUUUCAAGGUGCUGUUUGGAAGAGUGAAAAAAGUAGCUCCAAGCUCGGUGGAAAGUGGCACACAGGAUCCCACCAUUGCCUUUGACUGCCAUAUGUCAAGAGACUCAGUGUCCCCUCGAGACAGUCUGCCACAGCAAAUCAUUGGUUCUUCUGUAUUUUUGUUUGACUUCAAUGAGAACCAUGAUCUGAACACAAGGCCGCGCCAAUGUUUGCCUUACGCAGUGGUUCCCAUUUUUUCUGUAAAUUUGCCUACGUCAGCAAGCAUGGCAGCAUCACCCACUGAACUGCCACCAAAGGUUCCAUUAACACCAAAGCAUGGUCCAGGAGAAAGUUUGAAGGCGUUCAUUGUGGCAGAGAGAAGGGGAAAGGGACAAAGUGCCAUGGUAACAUUCAAACAUUUUGGCACUCAAGGACCUCAUGUGACUGAACCAAUGCAUCAUGAAGCUGUAGUAGAGAGGAAAACGGACUAUCAAAACAUAGCUUCGUACUUUCCAUUUUUCCCUCAGCUUCAGGCUAUGAAUUGUUUCCAGAAUGGACCAUGGGUUGGCUUCCCACCUGUUUUGGAAAACAGCAUUCAGUAUGGAAAUACUGAGGUCCAUCAUUCAGCCUUUUUAAAUCAACAGAGCCAAAUGUCCGCUCCCAGAGUUCAAAACGAACCUUUUGAAGAGGGAGACGCAAAGAUCUCCACCAUUGUUUACUCCUCUAAGACAGUGAGAGAUCCACGAUUGUCAGGACGAGAGUUGGGCGACCCAAACAGGACUACUUCAGUGGCGCCACAAACGUUGGGUCCGAUGCCUGAGGGCAAUGUGCUGAAUGCACAAAAAGAUCUGCCAAGGUCACAAUUUCAGGGUAAUGAAUGUAGAAGUACCCCAGCUCACUUUGAAGCAUUUCCCCAAAACACAGACCAAACUUGCACUAUUGACACUGCGGUGGCAGAGAUUUCGUCGAGACAUAAACCAGAAAAAUUGCCUUCUUUAAAGCUAUUUAAAAUGAAAUUUCAGAAAUACGCUCUGUAUUUUCAAAUGACCGAGUCAGAGAGGAUACGGCAUAUUUGGUCACGGACAGAUUUGCUUUUGGAUCAGAAAAACCUGCUACUGGAAAGAAUCCAUUAUUAUGAGCAUUACUUUGAAAAGUACAAAAGAGGAUUACUAUUUUCUGGAGACAGAAGAAAAAGAGACCAAUCAGUGCCGAAGGAGAGGAGAAAUGAGAGAAAUGUUUACCCAACUGAAACUCACAUUACAAGUAAGCACAUUGACGACAAGAUGAUAAAACAAAUGUGUGCUCAACUGAGAGUACAAGAACAAUUGGAAUCUAAUUCAACUCAUAUGCAGGGUCAGUUUGACAUCUUACAGAGCAGAAAGGACAUUGCCACACCAGAGGUUGCAUCAGAACAAAUCAAACAUGUCAAAUUUGCACCCACAGCAGUACAUUUGAUUGAGAAAGAACAUAAUGCCCUUCCAAAUGGGCACACUGUCAAUAAAGAACAGACAGUCGAUGGCUCGGGAUCAAGUUCUCAAGAGCUAAAAAGCUUGCUGUUGUUAUCGCGGGUGAGUGCAAAACAUUGUGGAGAUCUAAAGAUUUCAGUGCAGGCACAGAAACAGAGGGAGAAGGCCAGAACAAUACCACAGGAUUCUCCUGAAUCAUCUGUAGAGGGUCCGGUGAUUUCUCAAUCAGUCACUGAAGCAGAGAGGAUGGAAGGCUCAGGGGAAGAGGAAGUGAAAGAGGUGUCCGUUAGGGAUCCCGAGAGAGGAGAGGUGGAACAAAGGGAAAACUUUGUUUUUGAGAAUGAAGGAGAAUUUCUGGAUGUUGGCAUGUGUAAGGAGGUAUGUACUACAAAUAAUUUGGAAAUCCUUACAGCACCCACAGUGUCACCAAACCAAGGAACAGACAUAGACCUGAGGAUAACUGACUCCAAUGAAGAAUGGAGUGAAAGGGAAACAUUUGUGAAUUUCAAAAACAGUGAAAAUGUUGAGAAUUGUCACAAUCUAAAAACAGACAAUUUAGAGGUCAGUGGUGACACAAUUUACAAGUUGUUGUAUGAGAGACUACAACUUAGUCAGCUGCUGCCAAAUUCAACCCCAACUAAUGAUAAGCCAUAUCUGAAACCUCAAUGUCUUGACCAAACCACUACAUCUAUUAACAACAAUUGUGAUUUACCGCAUGUAAAAAAGAGUGAUUGGGAAGAGCAUCCCAUGCUUGGAAUUACAAUCAAAAGUACAGUCAGAGACAUUAAUAACAUCAGAAAACCACUCACUCUGUCUCAGAGAUUUUCCCUCCUGUCAUGUUCCAAGGGAGAUCAACCGUUGUCCAGCCUUCUGAAAGACUACACGCAGGGUGAUGAAAACAAACAAUGGCUCACCGGGUCGAUAUCAAGCAAAACUGAAGAACAUAUUAGUAACUUCAACAUUAAAUUGGUCAAAUUUUUAACACAAAAAUACAAUGAGUGUCAAUUAAGGACUAGUCACUAUAAAAAAUUAAGAAAAAUGUCAGAUUUCAAAUCUACCAUCUAUCACAGGAGAUCAAAGAGGUUCACUUCAAAUACCACCCUUAAAAAGGCGUUUGAUAUAAAGAGACAAUAUUUCAAGACAUUACCAAGAGUUGACAGAAAAACAAAAUUAAACAGAACAGCUAUCCAAAAGAGAAAAGAUACUGUUUUCAGCAAAGAACCCUCCCAUACAACUGAAACCAGGAAUGAAGCUGAAUUGGAGCAAGGUGUGGACGGACUGGAGCAACGUUAUAGGAGUAAAGUAUUCAGUAGCGAUAAUGAUGCUGUUGAAAUAUCUAACUCACACACUGAAUGUGUGCCUUCAACAGCUUUAAAACAACCGACAGACCAAAGUCAAAACACUGAAGGCCAAAAUAGCAGUGAUAAUUGCAGCACUGAUAGAAACAAUUUAAGUCCUGACCCCUCUGCCAUGAGCAAAGACUCACACAAGGACGUUGUAAUGGAAGGUGCAACAAACAAAGACAAAGGUGAAGUUCUGCAGAAGGUUCAAGAUGUCACAAAGGAGAGUGGGAGUUUGGAGGAGGUCAAAUGCCUUUACAAUGAGACACCAGCUGAAAACGCAAUUUCAGCUGAUGAAUGUUUGAGUCAUAACAUUAAUUCAGAGACAGGGAUUCCAAACGAUGUAGUCUUAGAAAACAACUGUAACCACAGCGCAUCUCUUCCGCAAGAAUCGACUGCUAAUCUACAGACUCCAUUAAAUGCAAAAGAAUCAGUAGUGGACAGCAAUGUGGACAACAGUUACACUCCUUCUCUUUUUGAGCAAAAAUGUCUAUUUGACACAGACGCUCAGGAGGUCAAACUCAUAAGUAAACUGCGAAACUAUUUGACAAGAUUUGAGACUACGGUGAAAUUACAGGAACCACUGGAUGAAAUUCCACCAGAACUCUUUCAACAGUUUUUGGGUGCUCCAAAUAAGGCUGACACAGCACAAACACCACUGCCACAUGAGACACAAACCACUGAAGUGGUGAAUCCAGAAUGUAGAAUUACCGUCAAGGAACAAAUAAUUGAUCUCCCUAAUCCUGGACCCCUUGGGGACAACUUAACCAGCCAUUCAGUGACCUCAACUUGUCAGCAGAACAUUCUGCCAGCUGUUGUCAGUGAUCCAAUUACAACCAUACAAUGUGUGCCUGUUUUAGAUAAAAGCACAUUGUCACUGAUAACCCAUGGUCCCGAACCUGUUCCUAGUUUAAGUCCUGACAGCACAACCAUGUUGGGUACUGUCUUGGAGAAAGCCAUCCCAUAUCCUUUGAUUGAGCUGAGCAGACCCAAGUUACCAUCUGAACCUCAACAAAUGCAGCAAAGACCCCCUGAUGGUGAUCACCUUGUGCAAAGCACGGACAAGAUCAAUGGACAGAGUUCCAUUUCCAACAACCGGCCAGUACACAACACCAAAACUCACAGUAGACAAAAUAGUGAAGACCAUCAAGUCAAGUUUGAAAAGCUGGAAGCUACACAAGGUCAAAAACUGUACGAUAAAACAUUGAACACUACACCUUUUCAGAGACAUUUUAACACAGCGGACAUUUCAAACCUUCUAAAAGAGGCUGAUUGCGGGGGCUUAGAUGUCCUACGCUCAUUGCUAACCAAGACAAAAAUGAUGCUCCAGUAUUUCAUUUCGAACUUUGAGCGGGACCAGGGUGUUGCAGCCCGGUGUGGAAUUGUUACUCGUGACAUCAUUUUAGAUAAAUACUUACAUCAACCACCAGCCCCCUUUGACCUCAAGUAUGAAGCAUUAAAUUCCUUUUUGGAAUUGCAAAUGAUGGUGGAGGCAAAAGAAUUCAUAGAGAACAAAAUGAGUUAUCUGACUGCAAAGCAAACAUUUAGGACUCUGCUUUGGUAUGAUCCUUCUCUUCAUGGCGAAUUGUUCAAAGGCAGAGUCGGAUAUCAACAACAGUCUUGUGUCUACACCGCAUUCCAGCAAAGACUUGCAAUUGAAGGCUACAGCAAAUUACAGAAUUACUGCCUAGCAGUAACCACUCUAAAUCAGCAGCUGAAAAUGGCACCACAGACCUCAUAUUACUUGUAUCUAAAAAGCAAAAGGGAGAAGCUUGAAAUUGAGGCUGCUUUGCACAACUUUGCUUUCUGCGAUAACUUUUUUCUUUCAGUCCCAAUUAGUUCUAUUAUCAACUUUGGUGAUAAUUCAGAACAUCUAGAGAAGCUUCAGAACCGUGUGAUAUCCUUUGUGGAGACUCCUGCUGAAAAGAUGCCGGGAGACUUUGAUGUUGGGAAGGCAGAACAUCUCUCCAUUAUUUGUCGAUUUCUCCAGGAGAAAAUUAACUGUGUGAAGACCUGCAAAGUGAUCAAUAGCCAGAUUUCGUGGUUUGGAUUGGAACACCUUCUAUAUGAUGCAUCAAAGAUUUUGGUGGCAAGGGAUAUGGUACAUACCUUAUCCCAAGAUAACAUCGUAAAAUUUCAGGGUCCAAAUCUUAUUUAUGGAACUCCAAAUCCCUGGUUGCCUAUGAUGAACAGACCAACACAAAUGCCACAGAGCCAUGGUGGAACGGUGUCUGCUGGGCCGCAAAUGGACAUGAAUGGAAGCCACAUGCCUAGGACUGCGGCCGAGAAGAAACUUUAUUUAAAGAAGCGGAAAAGCAUUGGUACUAUGGAGAAGACACCCCUUGCAGUCAAAAGGAGACACAGUCAUCCUGCUACUGGACAAAAUAAUGAGCCUUCACAAAACUACAUCCAACCUCAGGUUAACCUAUUAAACCCUGUCCAGUUCCAGCCGGGGGCAUACAGUAAUAACCUGUUGAAGCAGCACGCAGCUCUCUGGAGACGAAGGACACAAGACAAUCCUCCUCCUCCUCCUCCUCCUCCCCAAACGCAAGCACCUACAGCUAUUCCCCCAGGACGACAGUCACACUCACACAUAAGGGCUUUACUAUUGGCAAAACAACAGAAGAAUAUUCCACCUCAGCAACCCUCACCAUCGUGUCCUUUACCAAACAAUCCAGCUGGUAAACUAAUGCCUCCACCAUUACCCACCAUGGUGACGCCACAGUUUCUUCCACAUGCUUUUCAGCCGACUUAUGAAGGAGUAAUCAGUCCCAUGCUGGCAAAGGACACACCCCAAAACUCAGGGGUGUCCAAAGAACUUAAAAACCCAUUCACACUGGGUCCACUUCCAUCACUGCAGCUCCCUUCAUCUUUACUUGCACCUAGACCUUCUCCACCAGCUCCUCACCCCUCAAUUCAGUUUAUGUCUAGCGCUGAUAAUGCGGCUUUUCUCCACGAACAUGCACCUUUAAACUACCCUUUCUUUGUUUUAAAUGGUUGCACAUACACAUCUGCAACUGCUGCUGUGCCAAACAAGGCAGCCCCUAAUGACACCACUCUUAAUUCUCAGAAAAGUUAGAGAAAGACUGCAAGCUUGAUGUAAUUAGGUUAAUAGAGCUAUACAGAAGCACAUUUGCACAAAUGCUUAUGUAAUACUGAGAGCCUGCUCAGAUGUUGUUUUGAGUUUUUGUACUCUCUAAGUUCCUUUUAGAAGAUUUUAGAAAUUAAUACAUAUAGUUAUUUUUUGUACAGACAAUGCCUUGUAUAUAGAAAACAUGGAACACAAGGUGAGAUAAGUACACUGGAAAUGGAAUCUGUUUACUGUAUCCAUAUGCUGUAAAUGUUCUAUGCCAUUGAUGUAUUUAUUUAUUUAUACCUGCGAUACAGAUUUGAAAUAAUAAAGUGUUGUUGUUUGCAAUUUAAAGUACCAUUUCAAUUAAAACAUUCCUGUUUGUAUAAUGUGAAAUGUCCAUAAAGUCUGCUUGGUUGUUUACAUUUA